AAUCGACACAACAAAAAGUUUUAUCAACAUUUAUAGAUACUAAAUUUUGGAAGGAAUUUAUAAAUUUAUAUCAAAGUUUGCCCGCAUUAUGGAAAGUCGAUGAUAAGGAGUACCACAAUAGGAAACGAAAGGAUGAAUGCUUAGCAAUUUUAGUUAAAAAAUUAAGAGAAGUUCAACCGGAUGCUGAUGCGCAGGAAGUUAAAAAAUCGAUUAAUACUCUACGAUCCGGCUACCGCAGAGAAAUUAAAAAAGUAAAGGCAAGUGAAAAGUCUGGUGCCACAGGUGAUGACCUGUAUGUUUCCAAUGUUUGGUAUUUCAAUUCUUUGAAGUUCUUAAGGGCUAUUCCGGAAAAAGCUCCACCGAUUGACUACGCAUUAAAUGACAGUUCUAAGCAGACACAAUCCAAUGGGCAUUUACGAAAAAAAAACGAAGAAAGAAAUGAGAUUAUAUCAGAAGCUAUUUCGCAUCUGCCAAGCUCUAAAGAAAUAAAACUAGAUGAAGCAAAUGCUUUAAGUACUUCCUGGGAAGUUCAGUACAGGAAUUUGGAGCGCAAUCAGCAAAUAUAUGCCAACAAAAUGAUCAAUGAAGUUCUUUACCAAGCGACGCUAGGUAACUUAAAUGAAUAUUCCUAUAAAGUAAUUGAACAUCAACAACCAGGUGUAAGGACAAUUUCGUCAGUGGGUCCCAAUAUCCGAAGUUUUACAGUUUCUACAAAUACUAUACCGAAAUAUGAAUUAGAAUCUGAAGUAGAUGAACCUUCAAUAGAUACAAUUUUGUCUACUUCUCCAUAUAAUAAGCAUGAAUCUACAUUCAAAACAGUUAAACGGAAACAGACACGUAUACGUACAGUUUCAUCAGGGAAUUGCAGUAUGUCGAACUAUUCCGCUACUGUUUCACCUGAAGUUAUACAUGUAAAUUCAACCAGAUAUGCUGCGUCACCUUCUCCAGAGUCCUUUAGUCCACAGUUGGAUGUGUUGCAGCCUGAUGUAGCUUGCAACAACCUGAAAUAUGACAGCAUUUCAUUAGACGACUAAUUUUAGUAGUUCAUAUUUGCUUAAUUUAUUCAAUUUAUUUGUAUAAUACCUAAUU